AUGUCAAGAUAUCGUGGUGACCCUCGCUACUCUGAUGGCAAUCUUCCGUACCGCGAUGCUGCUCCCCAGAGAUGGGAUGCCGAGCGCUUCGUUCGUGAGCGAGAAGUUCGCGCCCCGGCUGCACCGGUCAUUGACCAACGCCCUCCGUAUGCCGAUUACCCACCUCGUCGGAUCCCGGUCUACGAGGACCAGAGAUACUAUGAAGAAGACCGCUAUGGUCCUCGUGGCGCCUCGGAGCGCAAGUAUUUUGAAGAAACGGACUACUAUGAUCCACGAGCGCAACGGGGCCAGGUGGUCCCCUAUGCCCCCGAGCGACCACCCAGACUGGAUCCUGUCCCACGACCGGGCAUCAUCCGCAGACAGUCCAGCUUAGACACCUUUGAUCGCCGGCCAACCAGGCGUUAUGAUGACUAUGACGACGGGCAUCGACCUCAACGAGGAUUUCCUCCGCGGGAGUUGAUACCUAUCCGGGCGCCUUCACCCAGACGGUAUCCUCGAUAUGACGAGAAAUUUUACGAAGAUAUCCGCGUGCAAGACCCGGACUAUUACGGGGAUGAUGGUUUCAGGGAGUACCGUGAGCGCGAAUGGGUCACACGGAGAAGAAGAAACAGCAGCCCGUCCCCAGAACGCAGGACGGUGAGGGAGGAAGAGAUCAUUGAAGAGCGCAAAGAGGAGAUUAUCGAAGAGAAGCCAUAUCCACGUCGAGGGAAGACCCGCAUGCCCAAAAGACUGGUUCAUACUAAAGUGCUGUUUGAUCUCGGCUAUCCUUAUUACGAAGAGGAUGAACGAACUAUUAUCAUUGAAAAGGCGUUAGGUCCCGACAAUAUCGAUGAGAUCUUCACGAAAAGCAAGGAAUAUCGGGAGAGAGAGGUUACAACGACUCGCCUCAUUGAAGCUCCUCCUACUGUCGCCCCUAGCAUCCGAGUGCCUACUGUGCAUGGAGGUGAAGUGGUCAUUGAGAAGACAGAGAAAAGAGAGGAGAUGAAGAUUGUGCCCCUUGCGGAAGCACCCCGGUCCGUCCGUGAUUGGGAUGGCCUCUCAGUUCGGUCUCCGUCUCCAAAAUCCCACCGCUCACGGUCUCGACGACGGUCGCGCCGCGGAUCUUCCCCGGAAGUUUUCAAGGAGACAGUUGUAGAAAAGAAGGAAGUGAUCAAGGAAGUCUCUCCCGCACGAACGCACCGGUCUCAUACCACGCACCGUCGAGGCUCGUCUGUAAGCGAUGAAACGAUCAUCGAGCGAAGAAUCACCCGCGAAGAAGUUGAAGAUUCCAACUCAGUUCAUGUGGGUCCACUCGCACUGGUGGUCGACCGCAAACCACACCGCAGCGAGCGUGAUAUCAAGGAGGAAAUCCGCAGACUGGAAGCUGAAAGACGAGAACUGAGGCGCGAGAGACGAUAUGAGCGUGACGGUGGAGAGGUCGUCAAGAUCGAGCGGGUCCGUGACAGAACCCCAUCGCCUCGGGGAGAAGUUAUUAUUGAAAGACGUGGCGACGAGGUUCUCGAGGUCAAGAAGGAUCGGAGAGGUAGGAUGUCGUUGAUCGUCAAAUGA